ACGUGUUUUGUGCCACUACGCACCUUCGGUGAAAGUCAACUCCCCAUUCACCCGCAACACGCAAUUCCACUGCGAGUGGAACUCAUCAUACCUUCGCUCACCAAAACCUGACCAACCAUCGGACGGUGGCGUUUCGAUUCCAGCACGUGCCACCAGCUGGAAUGCUUUCACGAUUCAGCCUCCGCGCACCGGAACUCAACUGCCAAGUCUCUCGAAGAAAGUAAGCCGCCCCGGGGAACUCAUCCAAACCUACCGAGGGCUAAUCGCGGGUGAGCGAAAUGCGUCUCGUGAGGUUAAGGAAAGGCGUCGGAGAAGAUCAGACCAUGUUCGAGACAAACGGUUCGCUCAGUUACAGUUCAGUUUUCAAGCGGUUUGGUUUCGCAAGGUCCGGGUACGAGUGUUUCUGUUUGCCGAAAUCGUGCGGUUUUACGUGCUUAUAAACUGUGGUGAACGAGGCGAGCAUCUUUGUGCCUGAUUUCGUUAUUUUAAGAAGAACAAAACUGGUUGCUUCAUGCAUCAAUGGAGCUAGUUUGGUGAUGUUGAUUGAGAAUUGAAGAAAAAAAAAACAAGAAGAAAGAAAUCAUUGCCUUUCGCCAAAAAGCAUACAUAAGUUUUCCGGCAGUAACACUUUAAUCCAGGACGGAAUUAGCACACCAGGUUUUGUGACUCGGAACGCACCGAUCGGUGAUCGAGAUACGAUCAGUCUACGGUUGAUACUAGCAGUGGGAAGAUCAGUGAUUGAAGAAAUUGGUGAGGUGAUUUCGUGUACAGAAAGGAUCUCGUUGUUUAUGGUGGAGCGAGGGAAGAGGACGUCCAAUAAUUACUGAUCUAAAAAUGAAAAGUUGCAUAGACAUAACGACACGAAGGUGGUCCAUAAUGGGCAUACUUCUACUUAUGAUCACCCUAACGAUCACUGCCGAAGCCGCUAGUCUUUCGACCGAAGAACGUCACUCUGGAACAGAAAUCGCUGAGUCUCGGACAUUUGGACGUAUCAGACGACUGCAGGCAAUGAUCGUUCCGGUGAUGUUCUUCCUGGGUGUGAUGAAGACUCUUCUCGCUUUUCUGGUCGCCAUCAGCCUGAAGACGCUAUUCGUCGGGGUUUCCAUACUGAUGAUUAACAUCGGUCUGGCAAUGGCGAAGGUGAUCGCCUUCUUCAAAACCAAGCAUACGCAUGAACACUACGGUGGAUACAGUGUCGGUGGCGGUUGGUCCGAUAAGAAUAUCCACGUGCAUAUACACAACGAUGGCUAUGGCCAGCAUGGGUCCGUCCCGCUGGAGUUCGAACAUGCACCACCGUCAGCACUGCAUCAUACUGCACCAAGUGUAUUCCCAAGCUAUGGACCACCAGUUCUAAACGCCUACCAACAGACGGUACAUCGUUCGCGAAGUGACAAUGUAGCCGAUCCGAUCUACGUCUCGGAGGCGACUGAUAAGAAUGAGCAGCUAUACCCGAAAAUUCUAAUCUCCGAUCGAGACAAGCUCGAUCAAAUUUACGCACAAUGGAGACAGUUAAAUCGAAAUGGACGAUAGGUCGCAGGAUAAGUCGUGCAGGAGAUCGUGCAAUCUCUCCAAAAAACCACACAAAAACGCCACUCAUGGAUCUAGUGAUGCCAAAAAUAUACCCACAGUUAAUCUGCCCAACGCCCGGGCCAAUCUAAUUGGCCUAUUUGUUUCGCGUACGCCGCGUAAGUGGAAUAAUAGGGCCCAGUCUUUUCUUUUUUGAAACCAGCUCAGUGAAAUUCGACCUACGCGUGCCUUCCUGCAAGCCUUUGUACUAUAUUAUUUAAUUCCAUUGUGUUCCAUGCCCUUUUUUUAUUGCGGGAAGGCUGGUUUCAAUUAGCUCAAAAGGUACUUAGGAUCUGAUUAAUCUGUAAGCGUACGGUGAGAUAGAUAGAUUUCAAGGCCAUCCUUACUCGAGUGAAACGAAGCAAUGAAGACGAACGGCGCGAGAAUGGAGAAGACACGUGCCGCGUGCCGUUUUUUAGGCUCGCCUUCCAAGACUAACUUAACGAAACCGUGCUAACGUGUUCAAUGUGCUUUAGGCGUUGAAGAUAAGGCUAAUAAAAAUGAUACUAAACAUAACUCGAAAGCCACACAUAAUGGCGGUUCAUGUUGUCUUCGGUCAGGCGCGUCGGUAUUGAAGUUAUGCCGAGAGAAGGAACACCGCAACAACAAAAAUGUCU